AACAAGGAACCAAUGAGCAAUUGCGGGGCCGAAACGACGCCAUUUAUUUGAUGCCAUUGAAUGAUUUGGACAACGCAACCUGGCGCCCCAUUGCCGCCAUUUCCAAACUUUUGUGAGACCUGAGCACCUUGAAUGAGCACGUUGACGAACGAGUCAUAAGUCGACAAGGAUUUUCGAGCACCUUCGACCUGAGAAGAUACGCAAGACUAGGCGGUUGCGGGCACAAAAUUGUGGGGGGUGGGCCUCUUCAUUCGUGCACCGGGCCAUCAUUUUAUCCUCCGAUGUCGCCAUAGCCAUUCAACAUGACACAUGGGCUGUCAUCGACUCCUUUAAAGGUCUCGAUGGCAGGAAUGGAUUCGUAGAAUGGCUUGACGUGUUUUUUUCCCCUGCACACAACCGAGUCGACUAAAUCUUUAUCGUUUGGCGCAUCCAGCACUGAUCCUGCAUCGUGGCAAUAUAAGGAACCAGACAUUUCCCACCGUAUCACCGUCUAGUCCUCCUUACGAGAACAUCAUCCUUGUUGACAUUCCGCAUAUUGAUUCCCCAGGCAGCAACGCCCAAGACCGAAAACGUGGAGACGGCCCAUUUGCACAUUUCUGCCCAGCAUCCGAAACACCCGUGACGUCGAAACAGACAUCUCAUUCGCGUCCCUGUGUAAAGUGUGUACCGCAUCGACCUCACACUCACCCUUGCCCUCACCGUUUGCAGGCAGCACCCAUCUGGGCCGCUUCUGGUGCAAAACAUCACAUCCUCGCUCCUAGAGCGAGAGCCCAGUGCUGCAAUUGACGUUGACUAUAUCUCGAUCAAUACCAUCGCCUUCACCGACGUCCAACUGAAACGCCUGGCUGACAUCGUGGGACGUCCAAAUCGGAGCCAUGGCAUCCUUUGACAAGUCCCCCCCUCACAGUCCAACCUCGCUCUCGUCACAGUCCGGCUACCCCUUCCCUCGGAAACCUUCAUCCUCCUCCACAUCCUCACAGACCUCAAUAUCUCCCAUCUCUCUCACCGUGUCUCCCAAAGUUCAGCUCAUCCCUUAUGCCCGCAGUGCCAGCUCCCAGACAUCCUUGUCCGAAGACGAGCGAGAGUUGCUCGACAAGGCCAGCUUUGACGCCUUCGAUCUGUCAUCCCAAGACUUUGACUUUGAAGAUGUCUUCACCUACGACAAACCUCAGAAGAAGUUGGCCAAGGUCGUCGAGGUCUCGAGGCCGACAAGGAGUCAUCGAGAUUGGUCCAAUUUCUCCUUCUCCCAUUAUCCUGCUGCCAUGCAUGCCAGGGCCAAGGUGAAUGCCAAGGUCAAAGUUGGAGCAGGGUCAGGAUCAGGCACCGGCAUCAGCGUUGCAGAGGCAUACGUCAAAAAUGGUAUAAGUGCAAGGAAGGCAUAAGACACACGAAUGAGAAACAUUGGAUGGGGAAACCCAAGAAUGGAGGAAACGAACCAUAAAGGAAUUUGGCUGGAGUUUGGGGUGGACAUUUGCGAUAUCUCUCUUCUCUCUCUCACUCUCACCUGAGUACAACUCGUGAACCACACGGUUUACGAGUUUUGCAUCCGCUCAACCCGACCCUGAAAAUCUCUCGUGUUCAGCACUGGCAUGAGCAAAAACACACCUGCACCUCAACCCACGUGAGGCAUGGGGCUUGAUCUCUCCGAGAUACCUCCCAGAUCUUGAAUGUGUGUUGUGCAGAUUCAGCAGGGUUGGAGCGUGUUUCUUCACAAAAAAGUUUGGGGUUAAGCCGUCGUGGUGGCGCAGGAGCACACACCACAGGCGUCGUGGUCGUAUGGCGGGCAGGAACGUAAUGGGCAUGGGAUGGGAUGAUGGAAAACAAGCAUAGCUGUAGAAGGAUGGACGGGAUAUUUAACCUGACGAUUUAGCGGUUUGACAUGGACGAACAACGUCACAUCAUAGCAUUUGAGACUGUGCAUAUGUGCAUAAUUGGUGUCGGAGGGAGUUUCAGUGAUACCUUAUAACCAAGUAGUUAUUUAUUGAAACCUGAGUAGAAGCGACCAGCAAACCUCGUACCUUUGUUUAUAAUUAGGUUGUUGUUUCUUCAGCUGACAAAGGUGAACGAGUAAGUUCGUCGAGCGAGUUGGGGGCACGCUUGGAUAGUAGAAAUGUUUUUUUUGCAUGCAACGUGCCUGAGCAGUCACGACACGCUCGCUUUGGUCACGUCCAACGUGCUCGGUCAUCUCUGUCUUGUGGAGUCUGGACGCGAGGUGAAUCGAAUGCCAUGCCACGUGUAGCACCUUGAC